UCAGCCAGAGUUACACAAAGCUGUAUCCAGCAGGAAGCUCCAGAGGCAGAAAAUUUUGUAAAGCAGGCAGCCUCUUGGCAGGCUGCUCUCGGAGCACUUGGCAGGCUCUAACAGCUGCUGUAGACCCUGCACGGAGAGUGGUUAAACGCUACUCCUUAUACCUAGAGACAGACACCGUGUUUUGUAAUGUGCAACUGGAGAUGCUCACCUAAACAUCCUCAGGGAAACACUGUCUACUUCUAACAGAGACAAAUACUAUGUGUACAGAGUGUUUCAGAUGCUCUCCUGUGUGGAUACAGAAGCACUUUGCCCAGCCUUAAAGAUCAGCAUCACUCAGAGACAUGGGAAAUCUCCACUGAGGCUGUCUGAUCGGUUUCCCUUAGGUGAUUUACAUCACUGGAAACUUUGCAUUACACAGAACUCUGUACUGGGGUCUCACAUCUGAGAACGUCUUCCAAAGAAGGCUUUGGACUUCACCCUAAGAGAGACAGAUUUCCACUUUAGAGACGACGUAAUUUUCCUUCCUGUGAGAAUAACAUGAACCAGAGGGUGUUAGCUUUCCUUCUCCCAAACUUUUUAUUUGGGCUAUUUCUUCUUGGGUUUUUCAGUAAGAGACAAAAGAACCUAACAGAUACUUUUCCCAAAAAUUGGCUGGCAAUUCAAAACAGUCGUAAAACCACACUGGCUUCUUUCUGCCUGAAGAAUAACCUUAAUAAACCAGGAAGAAAAUUGGAUUCUCAUGUUGCAUACCAGCUCUUUGUGGAGCACAAGCAUAAAUUCAUCUACUGUGAGGUGCCCAAGGUAGGCUGCUCCAACUGGAAGAGAACUAUUUUUCUUCUUCAAUCAGACUUGAAUACAGAAGCUUCUGAAAUUGAGCAUGUCAAAAUCCACCAUACCACACUGAUCAAAAGGCUCUUGUCUUACCCUCCUGCCUUACAAAAGGAAUUUCUAAGCAAUUACACCAAAGUGAUGUUCACCAGACAUCCCUUGGAAAGGCUGGUUUCAGCUUACAGAGACAAACUCCUGCACUCUGAACCAUUCUACAGUACCACUGUUGCUAAUGAGAUUAGGGCAAUGUUCAGGAAAGAUACAAAUUCUUCUGAAAAAGUGAGUUUCCAGGAGUUUGUCAACUUCAUUAUAACAAAACCACCACAUAGGCUUGACAUUCACUGGAAACCAAUGUUUCUGCUCUGCGAUCCUUGCAACAUUCACUAUGAUAUUCUGGGUAAGUAUGAAACUCUUGGAUGGGACUCUGAUCAUGUUCUAAAGGCCAUUGAUGCACCAGAGAGCCUGCAAUACCCCAGCUUGAAGAGAUAUAGCUCAGAGAAACGAACUGAUGGUGAUAUAACCUUGGAGUACCUCAGACAAUUGACCUCAAAACAAAUUGAGAAGAUAAAAAAAUUGUAUGAAAUGGAUUUUCUUUUGUUCAACUAUACUACGAAAUAUGAGGAUCAUUUUUCCCUGAACAACUAAAUGUAGGUUAAACAAAAAACAGUUUCCUUUGUACCAAACAGGCUGAACUUGUCCUCACAGGUGUUUGGUAGGCAGGCUGGUGACUGCUGCUGAGAUUAUCCUGGAGUUUGUAGAUAUGGUUUAUCAUCCUAAGCACUCUUAUAAAAGUCCCUGUCAUGACUUCUUGUAUCAUGCAGACCUUCACCUAUUAAAAUUAUUUUCUUCCUGAUGAUCUUUAACAGCUUACAUUUGUUUCAUGAAAACUGUUCAUAAGUGACAGAUAUUGGUCUACUGGUCUACUAGAGACAUGGGAAGGACGAAAAAUGUUGUUUUUCACACUGAAUAUUUCAGGACAUUAUUUUUAUGUCAUUUUUUUAAUUAGAAAAAGACAUAAGAAAUAAUAAAUAAUCUGCUUGAGAGUUAACCACUCUGUCUGAAAGAGUCUUGAUCAUGAAUACUGUAGGAAAAGAGCAAGUAACUUCAGAUGCUUGAAGCUACAUUACACAGAACCUAAUGCCAGAAUAUCUUCCUCUCUAGCAAUGCUCUCAUCACAGCCCAUCAGCCUUGUCCUUCAAGAAACACAGCUGUCAGCAAUUCAGACAAAGUUUCCAUUAUAGCUCUUAAAAGUCUUCUGAUGAGCAGAUAUGGUAUUCAUGGUGACUUUACAAACCCUUCUCACCACUUUUGUAAGCAUUAUGGUCUGAUUUUAGCAGAAGGUCUGAAAAAUGCAUUGGAUUUUUUUAAGAGAAGUAGUUAGAGGUAAUUUCUAAACUGUACAACUGGGGUGGUGCAUGAUUUAAAAUCUCUGUGGAAAAGUGACUCUUAUUUAUUCUCCCAAAGCACUUAACAUGCAGUCAAUGGGCAGGUCAGUCAGCAUGGUGGGGACAAGGUUUGGGCUUUCCCAAUUGUACUGUUGGAAUCCACAAGCCCUUGGACUUACCUGAGCAUGGCACUUGGGAGGAGCUGGGUAACCUUAGAGAAUACAUUUGUUCUACCUGUUGCUUUCUCACCUUACAGGAGAAUGAGUGCAAAUAAAUUUGGAGUUAUGGUGAGAGGAACAGUGAAACAUGGGAGAAACAACUCAAACUGUUACCCCCUUCUUUAUUGGUUUUAGAUCACUGAGGGGUCUAUAACUGCUAUUAUAUUAAGCAUGAGAUUUGUCCCCUUUAAAAUGAAAUCUUUUGUCUAGUUAUAUUCAAAUAUUAAUUGGUGACCACAUUAAUUGUAACAAGUUUUAGCAAUUAAUUGUGACUAUUGGCACUGUCUAGGGGAUGUCAGUCUCUCAGCAGCUAAAUUGAAAAUCCCUCAAAUGCACUUAGUUCCUCUCAGCUAAAUCUGCAAAUGUAGAAAGGCUGGCAGGCUAGUUUUGGACCCAAAGUGUGCUCUCAGCUUCUCAUCACACAGAAAAAGACAGAUAAAAUAAGUUAAUCACAGAGCAGCCACCAAUCUGUACAGCCUUUGCUGCCAGCAGCAUGACCAAGGGAGGGGGAAAAGAAGACUGUGAAAUAUGGACACAAUGGGAUUUAAGUUAUGAGAGUUUGGAGGAGCCCUCCCAGUGGAGGAAGUGGGUUGCAGGAAUUAUCUGCUCCAGUGGGAAGGUGCAGUGAUAUACAACAUCAGCUGGAGAGAGUGAUCAGGCCACAGUGACAGGAGAAGGCCCAGAAAGAAGUGCUCUCUAUCCCCCUUGGCAGCAGAUUGUACACAAGCCAGGACUAGCAUUCAGUACAUCUGGUAGGUCUUGCUGGCUGACUAUUUCAUAAAUGGGGCAGCUUUGGCACAAGGAGAGAUCCAAAGUGAGAAGACCAAGCAAGAGCAGCAAAACUAUUUGGAAAAAAAAAAAAAGAAAUAAAAAAAAGAAAUAAAGAAAAAAAGGCUAUGAUUUUAUGCAGAAUGAUUCAUAUUUCUGGAUCUCACCCUCACCACCACCGUAUUUGGUAUUCCCAUAAUCCUACUAGCCCCCAAUACUGGAUUGUUCAUGCCACCCUGGCAACUCUGUAGUUAAUGCAGGUUUUUCUUUUCCUUUACUUGUUAGUUUUCUUUAGUCAGAGGAAGCUGGAAAUUAUUCCCAUCUAAGUUAAGUUUAUGCAGAAGGAUGCAGUCUCUUUUCCCUGAAUCAGAGCUACAUGCUUCUCCUACAUUCUUUGACAGAUCAUGCAGAGGUAGAGGGGAAUAAUAUUUGCUUCAUAACUCUCUUCUUCAUGAGAGAUCCCUCCAGAGCUGUAUCUGAAGCUGUAAGUAUAUCUAAAAAUAUGUACUGUAUUUUGUACUCUGGCACCCUCAUCCAGCCUAGGAAAGCUUUGAAGAAAUGAUACUGACAGAGUUUGAUAGGUGUCUUUGCUAUCAGCAUGCAGUGUUAACACCCCCCUCCAGUUUCUUGCUGUUAGAUGUGAGUGGCUUUCUAUUCUUAUUUCCUCUUUCACAGAGUUUCACAUAUUGUUCCUACAGUGGUGGCAGAAAGCUGAUGGCUAAUUCAUUCAUCACAAGCACUAGUCAGUAGCAGAAGGGUAUCUGUUAAAGCAGAAAAAUCUCUGUAACUAUUCACAGCAGACUUUGAGUUUUGCCAUUUGCCUAUAGAGAACUGUAUGUAGCACGUUGCCUCAGAUCACUGGCUGCUGUAAUGCUGUUUGUCUGGUGUGGAUCUGAACAAAAAAAAAGCGGCAGAGGACGUGUGGGCAUGUCUGCCUAUGUAACAACAGGUUUAGGACACAGCAUCAAAUAAGAACGGCAUAAAUUUUGUAUUACCAUCAGUAAUAAAUUGAGAAUAAUGGGUUGGAAAAGAGAAUAAUCUGUUGGAAAACAGAAAAAAAUAAUUUUUGAUGUUGUAAUAUAAUGAAGGCUCUGGAUAUUGUCUAAAACAGCCUGCAAGAACUGCAAGACACCUGUAAACUUUAUGAUGAAAAUUAAAACACAAGUGUCUCUUUAUGGCCUGGAAGAGAGGCUUCCUUUACUGUCUCUUGCCUACAAGUGCAAUGUCCAGAACAAGGCUCUAAGCAAAGCUGGGGUCCCUCCUGACUUUUGAACAGAGAAUAACCCUCAGUGGAACUUCUUUCCUUUGGAUGCUAACCCUUGAUGGUGCUCCUGGGUGGAAAAUGGAUUCUUGCAGCUGGGAGCUAGGGUGGAGGCAGUGUGGUGAGGCUCAGGCCCUGGGGAGGAUUUGAAUGGGGAGGGAAUGUCAUAAUUAAUCUUCUGAUUUAUUGUUAUAUGCCCGCGAUAUGAUCAUUGAAAUGUUAAUUUGUGAUUACCUUAAUAAACUGUAGUGAGUUAACACAUUA